UAAAAAUAAUAAAAUCCUGAACAAAGAGAGACGGUACUUGGUACAUUUUGCAGAGAUGUUCCAUUCAGUGCAUUCCGGCUGUUUCAUGCCUGCGCCCUUAUCUCUCCUGUACAGGACUUCUUUGCCCAGUCCUACCAUUAUCAUGGCUCCAAGAACGGCUCUUGUCCAACUACAUUGAAGGAUAAUUCCAAGUCCAAUCCCUUGUCUUCAUUGGUUGACAAUUGGGAAAUAAUAAGCGUACAAACUAAUUGGGUGUUUGCUCAAAAUUAUCUGCAUCGCUCUGGCCGAGAGGAAGAUGCAGAGGCACAAAAAAGUUGAAUAUUCAUAUUUGGCUAUCUCUCAAAGCCAUCUUAAAAACAUAUUUGAAUUGUGAAAGUAAAAAAAAAAUGUUGGAAGUCAAUCUCUUUGCAUAUCCAUAUAUUGAAUCUAGCUCACACAUGGUCUAAUAGACUUCACAUUAAUAUAUUCCUAAAAACAUAUCAACAUAUUUUGCUGUUUACCUCUAUUUGUUUGAUCAGCUUACAUUUCCCCCUUUCCUUCAGGACUUGGAGAUUAAAUGCUUGACACUCUCUCCUCCGUGCAGGCUUAAAUAGUGUCCAUAUUUGUUUGCUCCUGGGCUUUUGGGAUGCGGCUUCCCUGAACUUUUCCAAUGUGGAAUAGCUCUGUUACAUUGUCAAAGAGCUUGUCAGUUGCACGUAAAAAUUGCAGUUUGUUAAACUUGGCAGUGCAGGCAGUCCUUGGAUUAGAAACGACCAACUUAAAGACAAUCUGAUGUAAGAUAGGAACAGACUGCCUACUGCUGAAAAUGGCCGAGUCUGGAAGCUGCUCAUUUUUAGUGUACAGCCUCUUUUCAGGGGUUCCUGAAACGGUGCAGCUUCAUCGGCUGAGGGAAGGACAAUGCUCCCCACCACUUCUAGUAAUGGGCAGUCCGUUUGUAAGCCCAUGUUUUGACUAAAACACCAAUUUGGGUUAAAGACAGAGUUGGGGAAUGGAACUACAUUUUAAUUCAGGGGUAAAAGUCUCUAUUAGAGGUUACCAGAAUUACAUUUUAGUAGGAUUUCAGUAGUGAUAACACAAAAGCAGAGACUAUAAUAGGCUGUUUUGAAGUGACUGUUUCUGUCAUGAUGUUGUAUUCCAGAAUGGCAGAGCCACCAAACCUGAACUUGAUCCUCUUUGGUUUCUUCCAGAGUCUAGCCCAGCUAGAGAAUCUGUGCAAGCAACUCUAUGAGACGACGGACACCACUACACGGCUCCAGGCAGAGAAAGCCCUGGUGGAAUUUACUAAUAGCCCGGAUUGCUUGAACAAGUGCCAGCUUCUCCUUGAAAGAGGGAGUUCGUCGUAUUCCCAAUUAUUGGCAGCUACAUGCCUUACAAAACUGGUGUCACGCACAAGCAACCCUUUGCCCUUGGAACAACGCAUCGACAUACGGAAUUAUGUGCUUAAUUACCUUGCUACCAGACCUAAGCUGGCCACGUUUGUUACACAAGCACUAAUUCAGCUGUAUGCCAGGAUCACAAAGCUGGGAUGGUUUGACUGUCAGAAGGAUGAAUAUGUUUUCAGAAAUGUCAUCACUGAUGUCACAAGAUUUUUGCAGGACAGUGUUGAGCACUGCAUCAUAGGAGUGACAAUCUUGUCUCAGCUAACAAAUGAAAUUAAUCAAGCAGACACUACACAUCCUUUGACCAAGCACAGGAAAAUUGCUUCUUCAUUCCGAGACUCAUCAUUAUUUGAUAUUUUCACACUCUCCUGCAAUUUAUUGAAACAGGCUUCAGGAAAAAACCUGAAUUUGAAUGACGAAAGUCAGCAUGGUCUUCUUAUGCAGCUUCUCAAGCUCACACACAAUUGUUUGAACUUUGACUUCAUUGGUACAUCAACAGAUGAGUCCUCUGACGACCUCUGCACAGUGCAGAUCCCCACCAGCUGGAGAUCAGGUUUGGUGCAGCAGCAGCUCGACCAGCUCUCCACGAUUGGGCGCUGCGAAUACGAGAAGACCUGUGCCCUCCUGGUGCAGCUCUUUGACCAAUCCGCCCAGUCCUACCAGGAACUACUGCAGAGCGCCACGGCCAUCCCCAUGGAUGUGGCCGUCCAAGAAGGACGCCUCACCUGGCUUGUCUACAUCAUUGGGGCCGUGAUUGGCGGGCGAGUAUCCUUUGCUAGUACAGAUGAGCAAGAUGCCAUGGAUGGUGAACUGGUCUGUCGGGUUCUUCAGCUCAUGAACUUGACGGAUUCCCGUCUUGCUCAGGCAGGCAAUGAGAAGCUGGAGCUGGCCAUGCUGAGCUUCUUUGAGCAGUUCCGAAAGAUUUACAUAGGAGACCAGGUGCAGAAAUCCUCUAAGCUGUAUCGCCGGCUCUCAGAAGUCUUGGGGCUGAACGAUGAGACCAUGGUGCUGAGCGUCUUCAUAGGAAAAAUAAUCACUAACUUGAAGUACUGGGGACGGUGUGAACCCAUCACCUCCAAGACGUUGCAGCUUCUCAAUGAUCUCUCCAUUGGCUACAGCAGUGUUAGGAAGCUGGUGAAACUGAGCGCUGUGCAGUUCAUGCUGAACAAUCACACGAGUGAGCACUUUUCCUUCCUGGGUAUUAACAAUCAAUCCAACCUGAGUGAUAUGAGAUGUCGGACUACUUUCUAUACGGCACUUGGGCGCCUCCUCAUGGUGGACCUCGGGGAGGAUGAAGAUCAGUAUGAGCAAUUCAUGUUACCCCUCACUGCUGCCUUUGAAACGGUGGCCCAGAUGUUCAGCACCAACACCUUCAAUGAGCCGGAGGCAAAGAGGACGCUGGUGGGCCUUGUGAGGGACCUGAGGGGCAUUGCCUUUGCCUUCAAUGCCAAGACUAGUUUCAUGAUGCUCUUCGAGUGGAUCUACCCGGCCUACAUGCCAAUCUUGCAGCGGGCCGUUGAGCUCUGGUACCAUGACCCGGCCUGCACCACCCCUGUGCUCAAACUGAUGGCUGAGCUGGUGCACAACAGGUCCCAGAGGCUGCAGUUUGAUGUCUCCUCCCCCAAUGGCAUCCUGCUCUUCCGGGAAACAAGUAAAAUGAUAACUACCUACGGAAACCGUAUCCUGACUUUGGGGGAAGUUCCGAAAGAUCAGGUCUAUGCCUUGAAGCUCAAAGGGGUUUCCAUCUGCUUCUCCAUGCUAAAAGCCGCCCUGAGUGGCAGCUACGUCAAUUUCGGUGUCUUCCGCCUCUAUGGGGAUGAUGCCCUCGACAACGCCUUGCAGACUUUCAUCAAGCUGCUGCUCUCCAUCCCACACAGCGACUUGCUGGAUUACCCUAAACUCAGCCAGUCCUACUAUUCGUUACUGGAAGUUCUUACUCAAGAUCACAUGAAUUUUAUAGCUAGCCUGGAGCCACAUGUAAUCAUGUAUAUUCUGUCUUCCAUUUCAGAAGGUCUCACAGCACUAGAUACCAUGGUUUGCACUGGAUGCUGCUCCUGCUUAGACCACAUUGUCACUUAUCUCUUCAAGCAGCUGUCGCGCAGCACCAAAAAAAGGCCUGCCCCAUUGACCCAGGAAAGCGACCGGUUCCUCCACAUCAUGCAGCAGCACCCUGAGAUGAUUCAACAGAUGCUCUCCACAGUGUUGAAUAUCAUCAUAUUUGAAGACUGCAGGAACCAGUGGUCCAUGUCCCGGCCUCUGCUUGGCUUGAUACUUCUCAAUGAAAAGUAUUUUUCAGAUUUAAGGAAUAGCAUAGUAAACAGCCAGCCCCCCGAGAAGCAACAGGCUAUGCACCUCUGCUUUGAAAAUCUCAUGGAAGGCAUUGAGCGCAAUUUGCUGACAAAGAAUCGUGAUAGGUUUACACAGAAUCUUUCUGCAUUUCGUCGAGAAGUGAACGAUUCCAUGAAAAAUUCCACCUAUGGGGUAAACAGCAACGACAUGAUGAGCUGACGUCUCGCCAGGAGCUGCUCUCUGGGCCGAGGAGGUUAACUUUUCCGAUGGAAAGACACAAGGGUGUUUCCGAUCCCUGCUAGUCCUCCUUGGGGCUUAGGCUGCAGGAAGGGAGGGGGGCGUAAAAGGUUCAUUCGGCGAGGGUUUUUUUCCUCGGGGAAGCCCAACUGGCACCUCCCUACGUGAAUGUCAGAGGAACCCUGUGUCCUGCCACAGCCUGCCUUGUAUAAACAUGUACAUUUUUUCAUAACAUUUUGAACAAGGUUUAUAUUGACUCAAGUUUAAAAAAAAGUGUGACUGAAAUUUUUACAUAGUGCACCAAUGCUAGAGCAAGGGUGGGGUGCGAGUGAAGAGUCUCCCAGCUACCUGCCACAUGACUGGGCAAGCGGGGUGGGGGUGGGGGAGGGUUGAGAGUACAGAGUUAUAUUUAGUAACUAGUGUAGAGGCACAAGUGUAAAAUUCCAAAUGUAUAUUUUUCUUAUCUACCCCUUCAACUUAGGCCGUCCCUCCUCACCUUCCCUCAUUAGGAGCUCAAAGCCAUGCCCCAUUCCUGCCCUUCCUACACACACACACACACUAUCUUGGGAGAUGGGAGGACUAGGCUCUCUGGCGGGAGCAGCAGCAGCCUCAUUGCGCUCCUGUUCACAGAGCCUCUUCUAGCUCUGGGAACGGUGGGCAGCUCCUCUCCCACAAAGUGCCCCCUCCAGACAAAUUUCUCUCCCACUACAGUGAUGGGGACCUUUGUUUGAUAUUAAAUUGAGGGGAAAGAAGAGGGGAGGGGGAUUUCCCUUGUCCCCACCCGGCCCUUUUGCUGCUAGUUUUGUGUCCCCCAAGCCCAGGUCAAAUUGUAACCCUGGUUUCUCUUCUCAAACAGCAUCCCUUGGUUGGGGGGAGGAGAGAAUCAUUUCCUCUGGCGAUUGUGUGCUGGGUCCUUUUUCUGUGACCAGGUUGCUGAAUGAUUUGUACCGAUGUUUGCUGCAUACAGUGUAAGCAUUGUGGCUGCAAAUAAAUUAAAGUGGUUUCUACUGAA